UACUCCGCGGACAAAGCCAAGUUCAAACGCACCAUGUAGCAGGGGGAUCGAACAGCAGUCGGGUAGUGCUAUUUCUUGGAGAAUAUCUGGAAGAAUAGCUAAUUUUAUAAUUUUAUGGUGAUAUCGAUUUAUAGCUGUGAUCAAACAUCUUUCCGCAUUCGAAUGCUGUGAUAAAACUAUAAGUGUGAUCGGUAGUCUAUUAGUGCGAAAUCGGCUCGCGUGUUCAUCGAAAAUGAAUCGCUUCCGUUGCAUCAUUUACACCGCCUCAAUCGUCGCCGUACUUGUUCUCACUCUAAUCACGGAGCCAUGCAGCGGAGCUUUCGUGGCAUCCGCCAUGACCGCUUCCAGCGGCGACAACCCCCCUGACCAUGACCCCGAUGACAUGCCAAACCUCGUCCCGGUGCCACUAAUUGCCCCGAAUGGAACGGACCUGCCACGACCUAUCGUAACCCCUCUGGACCCGUCCCAGGUUCAGCCGAAGCGGCUGAAACUCAAGGUCUCAACCAAACGACGCAAGCAUCACCAAAGCACCAAAGCAGCCAACAACAACAACAGCAACAGCAGUACCACAGCAGCCACAACCCCCAAGAACCACCCCGCCCGACCGAAACACAAGCGGAAACCCACCAUGCAGAGUGCUCUACAAUCGGCCGCCCGUAAGGGCCUGGAAGCCAUGAUCGAGCUGUUCGAGAAACGGGAACCGGACAUGAUCCGGCGAGGUGAUGUGCUGGACCCCCAGGAUCCUGGUGCACUGUUGUCGAGAUUCAGUUCCUCCGAUGACUUGCCGGAAAACUAUACCAGGUCAGCGUAUGCGGCCCUCGUGGCGGCCAAACAGCUCAAAGACAGCACCAACGUCGAAUAUGUGGCCCUCGGACGGCAGAUUCCGCCGAAGAUCUCGUUGAAGCGGACGCCCCUGGAGGGCAUGUGCCCCACGAGGGAACCACCGCCGUGCGUUCCGGCCAGUCGACGGUACCGGACCCACGACGGAACGUGCAACAACCGGAAGCGGCCGCGCUGGGGUUCGGCCCAAAUGCCGUUCCAUCGCUUUCUGGCACCGGAGUACACCGACGGUGUCGAGGGAAUCAGACGUUCCAUCGCCAACGCCCCGCUCCCCUCGGCUCGCUUCAUCAGCCUGGUAGUGCACGGAGCCCGCCAAGAGGAAGCCCCCGUCACGAUGAUGCUGGCCCUAUGGGGUCAACUGCUCGAUCACGACCUCACGGCUACGGCUCAACCCCGCAGCCUGAACGGAUCCACCCCCAGGUGCUGCGGACGCAACGAUGAAGGCCUCCAUCCGUCCUGCCUACCGAUCAAGGUCCCCCUAGACGACCCCUGGCUCUCUCCACUAGGAGUCCGCUGCCUGGAAUUUCUCCGAUCGGCCCCAGCUCAACGGCGUGACUGCCUGCUAUCGUGGCGCGAGCAAACCAACCAGGUCACCUCGUACAUCGACGCCUCGCCCAUCUACUCCAGCAACCCGCGAACCUCUGACAACGCAAGAAUCUUCCGGAACGGUUUGCUCCUGUUCGGACGGGGACCACCCAGCGAAGACGUCUGCUUCCGAGCGGCACUCGCCAACCAAUGCAUUCGCCCCGGGGAUGCCCGAAGUGGCGAACAACCGGGACUGCUGAUGCUCCACAUGGUCUGGGUCAACGAACACAACCAAAUCGCAACCCAGCUCUCGGACAUCAACCCGCACUGGAGCGACGAGAAACUGUACCAGGAAGCUCGGCGUAUCGUUGGAGCCAUGUUCCAGCACAUCACCUACCGGGAGUUCCUCCCGAUCGUGCUGGGUAAGGAAGUGUGCCAUCUUUUUGAUCUAGAGCUGGAGACCAGCGGGUUCUACACGGGAUACGACCCAGGUGUAAACCCAACCGUGGCGAACGAAUUCUCGGCAGCUGCGUUCCGAUUUGGGCACUCACUGAUACAGGGUUCGUACAUGAGGGCCGACAGGCAUCACCGGUUCAUUCCGAACAACGUGACACUACACGAGGAAAGCGCCGAGGGAGAUCUGGGCGGACCGGGGUCCCUGCAUCGAUUGGUGCGCGGCAUGGUCAACCAGCGGGCCCUAAAGCGGGAUGAGUUCAUCUCCGCGGAGUUAACGAAUCAUCUAUUUCAGACAAGAAGUUUCCCAUUUGGCUUAGACCUGGCAGCGAUCAACAUACAGAGGGGUCGAGAUCACGGCAUUCAGCCGUACAUCAACUGGCGGAUACCUUGCGGGUUAACUCCCAUCAAGGAUUGGUCGGAUUUGGACCGGGUAAUGGGUCCAGCUUCGGCCUUGCGAUUGCGCAAAGCCUACCGCUCAGUUGACGAUAUAGAUCUAUUUGUUGGUGGUCUAGCCGAACGUCCGGUUGUGGGAGGUAUCGUAGGACCCACCUUUUCCUGUAUCAUUGCCCAACAGUUUGGCAAUCUUCGUAAAGGGGAUCGGUUCUGGUACGAGAAUCCCGGUUUCGAGUCCUCGUUCACCCCAGCGCAGUUGGAAUCCAUCCGCCAAGUAGCGUUUUCGCAAGUCCUUUGCCGGGCACUUGGCGGAGGUACCCUGCAACCUCACGUAUUUCUACCAGCUGACGCCGUACAGAACGAACGACUACCGUGCGACUCGAAACUGAUGUCACCCAUCGACCUUGAACCUUGGACCGAACGUGACCCAUUCACGAGACCCAACGACGAUCCAAACGCCGAACAAAGUGACAAUGACCUAAGUGCCGCACAACACAUAUUCUCAACCACCACGACCAGGAAACCUCUGAAGAACGCCAACAUCAUCAACAAAGUAGACUUCUUUCCGAACGGAAACACAGGACAUCAGAUACCCUCUAACGGACAGAUCGUACUGAACUCUCCUAGACCAUCAACGACGAUUGUAAACAAUAAGCUAGACUUUAACCUUAAUACUCCUCGACCGACGACUGCACAACCGACUCCGCCUAGACCUGCUCCUCAGAAAGACCCCUUACCAACGCCAUCUACCGUGAUAGACAACAAACUUGAUUUGACGGGGACGACCGUUCCUCCAAAACGGAAAUCUACCAGGAAAACUACGCCGAGAAGGCGUCCGACGGCUGCGACAAACCUUGUUAUCAACAACAUAGACUUCAGCUUGAAACGUGACUCCAUCGACAACGGAACUGAUGACGAAGACUUUGAACACUCUUUGAAGAAACGUGACUUGAACCUGUCGAAAUUGUUUACAAAAGAAGACAACGCAACGCUACUUUCCAAGAACCACAACAACGCACUUCGAAGUGGCUACUACGGGGCACCUGCUCCGGCACCACCCUCUGACUACGAUGACGUUGACAACUACGACUCUGACCCGCCGGUAUUCGUUAAACCCGGAUAUGGCCAGGACUCAGGGUACGGACCAGUGACAGAACCUCUUCCAAACCCUUACUACGGAGGAUACUACACUACUGAAGAACCGACUCCACCUCCUCAACCACCGUACUGCGGUUACAACUGCUACAACCCACCUAUGACGACCUACAAUCCCUACGGACUUGACACUCGACGACCCACCAACCGACGAACAACUCCUAAAUGGAUACUGUCCAACAAGAUCGUCAACAGUGACUACGACAACAACAACCAACUCAACAACAGACAAACUACUAAACGACCAUCUCAAACGCAAACUCAGACCGCAUUUCAAAGACCUGGACUACUAGUAAUAAACAAUGUUAGACCAAAUGACAAACCUAUCUUUCUAUCGUCUGCUCCUUCUGAACCUCUGACUUCUUCAUCUAGCCUCAACUCUAACGUCUUUCUUCCAAACUCUCAGAAACCUUCCUCUUCAUCUGCCUCUCAGUCUGUCUUUUCCGUCGACCCUAGACCUCAGUUCUCUUCAUCUAGACCUAUCCACCAUCAGUCUGCUGUACCUUCGCCUAUCUUCUCUCAGAAAAAGACCAACAACCGCAAACCACAGAAACAACUACAAACUGACAGCAAAGACCGACUGCCGUCCCGAAUCGUUUCUCCUCUUCUUCUGCAAGACUACGACUAUGACAUACCGGACGCCAACCAGCAGGACACACUGAACAUCCACGAACACGACGGCUACCUCCGACCCGAACAGAACAAAUACGAACCACUGCGAAAGACCCACUACGGACACGCAACGUACCGCAACUACAGCCAGUACAACGCACGCGAACCGUACGUCGACAGCUACACGUUACAACCGUUGACCGACGCUACGCUCUGGUCUGACAAGACCUCCGGACAGCGACGAUACGCCGACCGGUAUCAACAACCACUGGAAGAGACCGACGAUGACUUGGACCAAUACGUCGGACCGUACAUUGACCGGGACAAGGUUACGCAAGAGCAUGACGUUACUGAUACGGAAAAGACGAACAAUUAUGACCUUACUGAUGAGAAAACCGGAACGCAUGACGAGAGUGGGACCAAUACGAACGUUAUGGACGAAACUGACCAUGAAGUUACGGAACACGAGACUGACGAGUACGAACGAACUGCUGUUAGAAAUGAUCAGACUGACAAGAAACGAACAGGACAAGAUGUUGACCUGGAUAAAACUAUGAUUGACGCUGUAGCAAAGGACCUUGAAAUGACAGAUAACGUAGACAUUACAAAAACGACAGACAACGUAAACAUUACAAAAACGAAGACCGAUACAUUUGAAACAAUCUCACAAAACAAGGAUUUUAAUAGUAUUGGAAAUGACGACAAACACAAUACUAAACUGAAAAGACAAGACGAAUUUCACAAACUUGAUAAUACUAGACAAGAGCAGAUGGACACCUUGAAAACAUCUACGAAACAUCUACCAAGCUUAUACAGGACCGAAUCUUACAAAGACAAUGUACCGCCUAAUACUGACAACAGUGACCUUCAUACAAGCGACAAAGUGACGGACAAAGUAGACCUUACACUUACGGAAACUGAGAUGACAAACAACAACGUGAAAGACAUCAACUCCACUGACAAACUGACGUUUCAAUACACGGUUGAACAACUCUCUUACCAACUACAUGACAAAACGGGACUUGUGCUUGACAAACACGCUACUGAUAAGACUGUCAAUGCAGAGAAAACCAAGAUCAUGUUAGACAACUACGGAACGGACGAUACAAACAUUGGAACAAAGACGCUACCUGACGAACAUCAACCAGAAACUAAGAACGCCGCACAAGUACCUUAUGACUACAACCGAAGACAAGAAGACGCAUCUAACGAAAACUUACGUAUACUUUCUUCAAACGAGCAUGACUACACUGCAGACGACGCUCAAGAACAUACUCCAACUGCUACUCCUACAGAAUCAACUGACGACUCACGCGAACAAGACUUGACCAACCACAAUGACCACGACGCACCAAAAGACCUACAUCCUCACUUAACAACCAAACCAAGCUCAACCAAGGGACAGACCUAUUACGACGAAUACGACGACGAGUCUGACGAUAUCCAUGACGAUCCACCGAACUCCGAUUCGAUAGACCUCCAGACCUUACUAAACAUCCAAGACAUUCACGCCCGAACUCCGGACCGACCCGACCCCAUAGAAUCAAUAUUACCGCUGGACGAAAACGAGACUUCCAACGACCCACCAAAAAUCCCACAAGUUGACAACCAGACAACUCAGCGACCUCACCGACCUGACCGACGUCCAACACCGCACCAAAGAAGACGUAGACCGACGAACUCCCACGGAAAACGACCAACCGCGACAGCUGCGACCACGACCGGACACAACGACCGACGACAACCGGGAAUUGCGCUGGUUCCCUUCGUCCUCCUAACUAGUAUCGAACGACCGGACAACUGGGUGAUGUUCAAUGUGGCCAAGUCGAAGAAGCGUAACCCGCUGCCGGAUGUUCCGCAGCUGAAGAGCGAUGCGUUCUCGCUGAGCGAACUUCCGAAACCGAUCAGUGCCGAAGACUGAUGAGGAAGCUUAAUUUUUGGGAAACGUCGACAUUGUCCAUUGUCGCUUUUGUAAACACCUUCGUAUGGACUGUGACUUUCUAUCUUUCUACGGGACAUCUGACCAGGACUUUUUACUGAACUGAACGGUAACCGACAAACACCGACAAAACCGACAAACAUAUUCCACACAGCAUGACUUGUUCUGAGAGACUGGAACUUGACCUUGACUAAGACCAUGACCACGAUACAGGAGUCUUGAACUGAAUCAUUGACGUUUCGUCUCCGUUGUGUAGGUUCGAUUGCACGAAUUUGUUAUUAUUUAUUACACUAUUUAUUUAUUGAUAUUUAUUAAAACAAUUUAUGACAAAUUAA